CUUUAUUUCUAGGGCAAAAGAUUAGCCUAUCUAGCCUCAAAUCUACAUUGUUUUCAUUGUUUACUAUAAGUUAAACUCAAUAAGGUAUAUCAAGAAGACGUAGGCAAAAGCUCUUAAGAAAGGGUAACAAAACCAUUUUAAGAGAGAAAAACCUCACAUAAAUGGUGACAAUCUCACCUUUAUUCAUUUUUCCUAAUCACUAGGAUAGAGAGAGUGCAAUUAGAGAAAAAGGAAGAUCCAGGAGAGGAAGGGGAUGAGGUCAACAGAGAUAGAAAGAGAGGUGAUUAACGAGAUUCUUUUCGAAAACGGUGAAUACGACAAUUAUCGAGGGAGGAUUGCUGAUUCUUCAAAGCAUGGUGGAGUCAGAGCUGCUAGUUUCGCUUGCGCUGUGGAGGUAUUAGAGAACGUGGUGUUCCUAUCUAAUGCAAUAAAUUUUGUUGCAUACUUCAUCAAGUCCAUGCAUUACCCUGCCGCUGAAGCUGCAAAUAUGGUCACCAAUUUCAUGGGUACCUCUUUCCUUCUAACUAUUGUCGGUGGCUUCAUCAGCGACUCUUUCUUCACUAGAUUCAGGACAUUUAUCUUCUCCUGUACGGUAGAGUUGAUGGGACUGAUUCUGCUGGCAGUUCAAGCACAAUAUUCUGAGUUACAGCCGGCCAUGAACAAACGGCCUUCCGAAUAUCAGGCGGCUGUUCUUUACGUCGGCCUGUACGCAAUGGCAGCGGGAAUUGGUGGCAUCAAAGCUGCAUUGCCUGCACAUGGCGCUGAUCAGCUUGACCGCAGAAACCAACGCCUCAUUUCUGCAUUCUUCAAUUGGUAUUUCUUUUCUCUUUGCACUGGUGGUCUCAUAGCUUGCACCUUCAUGGUCUGGAUCCAAGAAAACAAAGGGUGGAAAAUGAAUUUUAACAUCUCCAUCGGCAUCUUAAGCUUGGCACUCUGCAUUUUCGCGGCUGGGUUUCCAAUUUAUAGAUACAAACGUCCUGGAGGAAGUCCAAUCGCCAGAAUGUGCAAGGUUUUUGUCGCGGCAAUCCGAAGCAGGAAUUCCUUAACGCCAGAAACAGAGACCAGGAUGCAAAUUUCAAGUGCAAGAACAAUCCGAUGGAAGUUCAGGUUCUUAAACAAAGCGUUAAUGGAUGAGAAAAUUACCGCAACUGAGGUCCAGGAAACGAAGACAUUUUUGGGACUUCUUCCCAUCUUUGCGAGUACAAUCAUGAUGAAUUGUUGCUUGGCUCAGUUACAGACGUUCACCGUAGAACAAGGAAUCAUGAUGGGCAGAACAAUGAAGAAUUUCACGAUCCCUACCCAAUCACUGACAGUUUUUCCCUUAAUAAUCAUGCUCGCUUCAAUACCUUUAUAUGAACGAUUCGCGCGCAUUGUUGGAACCAAACAGAGCUGGAUAAGCAAUUGGCUCCGGCCGCUAAAGAGGAUUGGGGUGGGUCUGGCGCUGGCAUCGGCUUCCAUGGCAGCCGCUGCAGUAGUUGAGGCCAAAAGGCGAGAGGAAGAGGUGAGCAAAGGGGCCGCAAUCUCUGUGUUCUGGCUGGCGUGGCAAUAUCUGCUGCUGGGAGUCGCCGAUGUGCUAGCGCUUGGAGGGAUGCUCGAGUUUUUCUACUCGGGAGCACCGGAUAGCAUGAGGAGCAUUAGCACGGCACUGUCUUGGUGCUCAACGGCGAUGGGUUACUUCAUAAGCUCGGUGCUGGUGACGAUUGCGAACUCCAUCAGCGAGAAAUUCCGUAAAAAGUGGUUGCCAGGACAUGAUUUGAAUCACGGCCGUUUGGAUCUGUUUUAUACUCUUCUUUGCGCUCUGAACUUUCUUAAUCUUUUGAACUACAUUUUCUGGGCUAAGCGGUACCAGGUGGAGUAGUUUCAUUUUAUAAUUUAUUUUAUAAAUUUAUUUAAAUAUU